AUGAAAGUUGAUUACGUUUUAUAUUUGUGUUUGUUAAACAUUAUUUUGACUGUAGCUGUAGAUGAUGCGUGUGACAAAGGUGAAAACGGACUGUGUGAAGAAGAAAGUAAAGAGGCGCAUUCCAAAUAUAAAAAAUCUGCACAGAAGAAAUGGCAAAAGUAUAUUGAUGUUAUCAACAAAUCACUGAGUUCAUACACAGAUUGUGAACAAGACUGUUCCUGUCACAGCAGUGUUAUUGAUGAAGAUCUUAGUGUGUGGGAACAUAAAGAGAAAGGCAUUACAAGAGAAAGGUUUGACCAGGCAAAAGAGCGAGGUGUCCACUACCAGAUUGUUAACCACAAACUUUACAGAGAAAAUGACUGCAUGUUUCCUUUCAGGUGCAGUGGAGUGGAAUAUUUUAUCCUGGAGAUCAUAAAGAAACUGCCGGACAUGGAAUUGCUAAUCAACACUCGCGACUGGCCCCAGUCUCCGUGCCACAGUAAACCUUUACCGGUGUUCUCGUUUAGUAAAGUGUAUUCACAGAACUGGGACAUAAUGUAUCCAGCGUGGACAUUCUGGGAAGGUGGACCAGCUGUCUGGCCCAUAUAUCCCACCGGUCUUGGAAGAUGGGAUGAACAAAGAGAGAUUAUUCCAAGAGAAGCUAGUAAAUGGCCUUGGGAAAAGAAAGUCAGCAAGGCGUUUUUCAGAGGAUCCAGAACCAGUUCGGAAAGAGAUCCGUUAAUCCUGCUGUCUAGAAAAGAGCCAGACCUGGUCGAUGCAGAAUAUACCAAGAAUCAAGCAUGGAAGUCUGAUGCGGAUACGCUUCAUCGCCCACCAGCUAAAGAAAUCAAACUUGAAGAACACUGCAAAUUCAAGUAUUUGUUUAAUUUCCGAGGUGUAGCAGCCAGCUUCAGGUUCAAGCAUCUGUUUCUGUGUGACUCGCUGGUGUUCCACGUGGGUGACGAGUGGCUGGAGUUUUUUUAUCCUGCCAUGAAACCCUGGGUGCAUUACGUCCCUGUCAAACAGGAUCUCACCGAUGUCCGAGAACUACUUAUUUUUGCCAAAGAAAAUGAUGAUGUGGUCAGAGAAAUAGCCAAAAGGGGAAGACAAUUUAUCUGGAAUCACCUUAAGAUGGAAGAUGUGUUCUGCUACUGGGAAAAGCUUUUGAAAAGAUAUGCAAAAUUACUUAAAUUUAAAGUGAAGCACAAUAAGAAUUACAAACAGAUCACCAGAAAACGUUCGUGAUACUUGACUGCAAACUGAGAAUCCAUGCAUAUCAUAGAGCUUUUAUAAUUUACAUUUACACUAUAUUUUUUAAUUAUUUACCAAUAUCUGCAGCAUCUCUAUACAGCUGGAGAGCAGUAAAUAAAUAUUUAUCACUG